AUGUCAAUCGAAUCUUCACAGGUGGAAACACCAAAAAAAAUCGCGAUAGUAGGAAUUCAAGACGAAUAUACACGAAAUAUAAUAAUCAAAUCAUUCAAAAAAAUUCUACCCGAUUUGCAAAUAUUACAAUUUUCGACGACGACGACGCUUACCUUCACGAGCGCAAAAAUAGUACAUUGGUUAGAAUACGAGGACAUCGAUUUUUUUAAUCAAACAUUGUUAAAUAAACAUUCGCAACUGGUAAAUUCAUAUUGUAUCAGGAAAGGAUUGAUUCGUAAAGCAAAUUUUAAUUUCAAUAUACGAAAAUAUUUGAGUAAAAAUCAAAAUAGUAUUUUAAAGAGUUCCAUACCUGAAACUUGGUACUUUGAAGUUACGCACAAAGAUUAUUUAGAUGAAGCUCUUGAAGAAAUUUUUGAGGUUGUAAACGAAUGUAAAGAAAAUGAUGAAAGGAUUAACGAAGAAAAGGUUAAAUUUAUUUUAAAACCGAGUUUAGGUAAUAAAGGCGCAGAAAUCAAAAUCUUUGACAGCAUCGAUCAGUUAAGAAGCGUUUUCGAAGGGAAACACGACUUGAAGGAAGAUGAAGAAGAUGACGAUGAGAGCAUAUUUCAUAUAAGGGAUUGGGUCGUACAACGAUAUAUAUCAAAUCCAUUGUUGAUUCGAAAUCGAAAAUUUCAUAUUCGAUCCUAUAUUUUAGCGAUAUCAAAUUUACAAGUUUAUCUCUACAAAGAUAUGUUGGCCCUUUUCGCGUUAAACGCGUACGCGCCCACCGAUAUCAAUGACGCGUUAUCACAUUUAACGAAUACCUGUUUACAAGUGAACGAAGUUUCCUUUAAGGAAUCAAAUCAAGUGAAAUUAUUUUGGGACUUAUCAACGAAAGAUGAUGAAGGGGAGGUAGGUAUAAUCAGCAAACUUGAUUUAGAGAUGAUUUUUAAUCAAAUCAAAUCCAUUUUAAAUGAUUGCUUUGAUUCUAUCGUUAAUGAAGUAACUCAAUUUAUGCCCAUGGAAAACGCUUUUGAAUUAUUUGGCUUUGAUUUUUUGGUGGAUCAUGAAAUGAACGCUUAUCUAUUGGAAGCAAAUUCCUUUCCAGAUUUUAAACAGACGGGUGAUGAACUAGUACAUUAA